UUUAUUUAAUGUGAUACGUUUAAUUUAUUAUAAAAUAUAGUAAAUUAUGAGUGCCGAAGAAGAAAAUUUUAAACCAAAUUUAGAACUACUUGAGCAAUUGUUAGCCAUCGGUAUUUUAAGGCCACAAGCGGAAGAGGCUCUGUUUUGUACAGGAAAUAAAUCACUUAAUGAUGCUAUAAAUUUUGUAUUUAGUGAGGAGCCUGACGAUACAUCCAAACAUAAAGGUGAUGGUCAAUCAGAUGAAUCAUCUGAUGAAGAAGACCAACAAUAUUUUAAAAUGACUUUCAUUGUAAACCAAUCCUUGAAAAUGGGUGUAGGAAAAGUGGCUGCCCAGGUUGGACAUGCUUGUUUAGGAUUGUAUAGAUCAAUGAUAGAACAAAAUUUGGAGGAAAUGCUACACAUUUGGGAAUGCAAUGGAGAGAAAAAAAUUGUUUUGAGAGGGGAUGAUGCAGAACAUUUACAAAAUCUCUAUGAAAAAUCUAAAUCACAGAACAUUCCAUGUUAUCUAGUAAGUGAUGCUGGACAUACACAAAUUCCUUCUGGUUCAAUAACUGUUUUAAGUCUCUUUGGUCAAGAAGACACUGUAGAUAAAGUUGCUGGAAAGUUAAAGCUUCUUUAGUGUACAUUGACUAUUUUGUAAUAUUUAUGAAUGACUAUGGUUAUACUUUUUAAUUAGGAAUCUAUUUUGUAAAUGACAAUGAACAUACAUAUAAUAUACUUUGUUUAUAGUGGUCAUAGAAUUUAAUGAUUAUUAUCUUAUUUAUCUCUACAAGACUAUUGUUAUAUUCAUUAACAUAUGUCCACUGUUAUGAUAACAAUAACAAGUUAUACUGUUAAAUAUGUAUUAUUAUGUAAAUUUCAGUUUAUUAUACUAAUUUAAAAUAUACUAUUAAUUUAU